AUGAUCCAGGACAUCGUACAGCGUCGCUCAGACCCAGCCGGCCGGAGCGCGCACACCGGGGCUCCGGCACGUGGGCGCGCGGGAGGCGGCGGCUGCUGCUGCCGCUGCCAGAGCCCAAGCCCGAGCCGGCGAGAUUGCCCUCCAUGCUGCAGGCUCUGCGGCCGCCUUCCGCUCAGCCUCUGGCCCAAGCCCAGACGGGCUAGCCGGCGAAGCAGCAGAGGGGAGGAGGAUACGGCCAGGAGGAGGGGCGCGGCGGGCCGGGACGAUCCGGGUUCUGAGCUAGGGGCGCCGGCAGCCGGGAGGAGGCUGCCGGCUCUCUCGCUUAGUCUCUGUUCCUGCCGCUGCCAGGGGUUCCAGGCUGUGCGAUGCCGCUGCGCUCCUUGUAAGCGGCGGGCAGUGGAGGCUUCCCGUAGCCGCUUGGCCCACGCUGGCCCCCAUUCCACGGGCAAGUCCCUUGCCUGUUCCUACGCACCCGGCCGCAGGAGCCCAAGCGAACACGAAGUCCGAAGUCCGCCCCCAGCACCGCCGCCAACUUCCCUGGGAGCCCCUCUCCCCGCAGCAGCCUGUGCCAGCCCUGGGAGCCAUGCGCCCCCACCCGGGCGGCGCGUCCUCUGCCAACUCGCCACCCAUGGGAUCGACUGCCCUCGGCUGCCCCGCUUGGAGCGCGUAGCCUUCACCGCGUGGCAGGGGAGAGGAGCAAGACACCCAAGGCGUUUCGCAGAUCCCGCACGUGCGCGUGUCAGUCUGCUGGGGUCCCCUUCGGGGGCGGCGUCAAUACCCAAGGGAAAGAAAGUAGGCUCGGCAGAUUUUCUCCGUCAUCUUGUUGGGAAGAUCAGUGUCCCCCGGCUGCUCCUGGCUGUGAGGAAGACUGAGGCAAAACGUGGAAGAAACCGCCGUCCCCUGCAACUUGGAGAGGGCUGUACUGGGCCCCGUGUGGCGGUUAAGAAAACUCUCUCUUUGGUGGGGGCAGGAGGAGAUUAUCUCAACCCCAAUGUUGCCCUGAAAUCUGUGUUCAAGAUUCAAGAAGACUAGGACU